AUGUUUCUAACCAGACUCAGGAAUCUGUACAAGUUCUCAUCUGCCAUAGAUCCAUAUUAAGUGUUGGGAGUUGAUAAAUUCACUCCAUUCCCAGAUAUCAAGAAGGCCUAUUAUAAAAUGGCAGCUCAGUACCAUCCAGACAUUAAUAAAACACCUUCUGCCUAAAAACAAUUCAUUCUAAUUAAGGAAUCCUUUGAGAAGAUUAAAGUAAUGAAAGGAGAAGCAGUCCAAAUGAAUUCAGAAGGUUCUGCCAAAAAGGAGAAUGAAUAUGAAUCCGUUCGCAAGAAUUACAAGGACUACGAUGAAAACUUUGGAGAGUCCAAUGAACAAAAGGACUAUAAGGAAUUCUAUCAUCAAGCUGAAGAUCUGAAAGGCCAAGAAUACGAUCAUCUUAAAAAGUCCUUUUAGACCAUUCAUGAAGUCAAAGACAUCAAAUUCAAACCCAUCGAUAUGAAAAUGCCUGAUCCCUCCAAAAGAUUUCAUCUGGGUCAAGUUAUGCAUUUGAAGGUUUUCUCAGAUGGUUCCAAUCUGUACAUUAUUACAAUCUGUGUUGGCAUGUUUAUACUCUUUUUUGUUAUUAAUUCGGUGUUUCAAAUACAAACCAAAAGAAAGACUAAUUCCUAAUUGUACAAUUUGUUGAAUCAACAGGUCAUCAAGGAAGAUUUGGAUGAAGAGUAGCUUUUGCAACAAGUCACCACUCAAAUUGAGAAGACUGAAGAAUUUAAAUAAUUUAGAACUGAGAAACUUGAGAAAUAGGAGAAGUCUACUCAAAGGAGAAGAUAGAUUGUUCCUGAAAUCCAAACUUUUGUAUCGGCAACUGAUCUUAAAGAUAGUGUGCUUUGA